GCCUGAGUAAAAGCAGGCGUGCUGCGUCCAGAGGACCCGGACCACCCCUAUGGCCUUGUGGGCUCUGACCCGUGCUCUGGGCUCUCUGAGCCUGGCGCCCCCCGCCGUUACCACCCCUGUCCCGACUCUGCUCCCUGCCGCCCAGGUGAUGAGCAAUGCACUCCUUCAGCUGCCCUCUGCCUUGACGUUGCUCCAUUGCCGGCCAGUACUUACUUCCGUUGGCCUUAGUGCCAAGUCUGUGUCCUGGAAGAGUCAUACUAAGUACACCAUUAAACCAAUUAAGAUGAGGAAGUCUGGGGGUCGAGACCACACAGGCCGCAUCCGAGUGCAUGGUAUUGGUGGGGGCCACAAGCAACGUUAUCGCAUGAUUGACUUUCUGCGUUUCCGGCCAGAGCAGGAGACCAAGCCAGGACCGUUCAAGGAGAAGGUUGUUAUAGUCCGCUAUGAUCCCUGUAGGUCAGCAGACAUAGCUCUGGUUGCUGGGGGAAGCCGGAAACGCUGGAUCAUUGCCACAGAAAACAUGCAGGCAGGAGAUACAAUCCUGAACUCUAACCAUAUAGGCCGAAUGGCAGUUGCUGCUCAGGAAGGGGAUGCACAUCCUCUAGGGGCUCUGCCUGUGGGGACCCUCAUCAACAACGUGGAAAGUGAGCCAGGCCGAGGGGCCCAGUAUAUCAGGGCUGCAGGGACAUGCGGUGUGCUGCUGAGGAAGGUCAAUGGGACCGCCAUUAUCCAGCUGCCCUCUAAAAGGCAGAUGCAGGUGCUGGAUACCUGCAUAGCAACAGUAGGUCGAGUGUCCAACGUGGACCAUAACAAACGGGUCAUUGGCAAAGCGGGUCGGAACCGCUGGCUGGGCAAGAGGCCUAACAGUGGACUAUGGCACCGCAAAGGAGGCUGGGCUGGCCGAAAGAUUCGGCCACUGCCUCCCAUGAAGAAUUAUGUGAAGCUGCCCUCCGCUGCUGCCCAAAGCUGAUAUCUCUGAAUUCUAAUAAAAUGUCCCCCCCUGUCUUUUU